GAGCUCCACAUCCGAGCUUCUAAGAAUAUCAGAAGCCAGUUUUCUUAAACAGCAGAUAGCAUAUAAAAGUGAUAAGUACCACCAGAUAAUUCCGAAAGAUUCACGAGAUCGUCUAGAAUGUCCGCAAUAUGUCAACGUUUUUUUCUAUCAGUCAACAAAUAAAAUUGAGACAGAUUGAACGAAUCAAGUACCUCAAACAGCUCGUGAAGGUUCAUUGAAAGAUAUUUUUUUCACAUAGAAGAACAUAGUCAAAAUGCCAGUGAUAUCUGUGGACAGGUUGCCCCUGCCCAACCUGAAAGCUUAUUCUUGUGUUAGCGUUUUAGCCCUAUCUGCUUGUGUAUACUAUGCCAUUCAGGCAAUCAAAGAACCUAAUUGGAACACCAUGUCAGAUACAGGUAGAAGAGCUACCCCAAAUGAUUUUGAGAGGUACAAUCCAGGGUACAAUGGUACAGAAGCUGAUGCAAGAACUGUUGGACAGUUUGUAUCUGAUAUUUUUACUGUAAUGAUUCGAGAACCUGUGUGUGUUUGGACGAUGAUCAACAUGGCGUUCUGCUGGCUCAUCCUGUUGGGCCGCGCCGUCCAGAAGCUGGUAUUCGGCGAGCUGAGAGUGUCUGAGCACCAGCAGCUCAGAGACAAGUUCUGGAACUUCGUCUUCUACAAAUUCAUCUUCGUCUUCGGCAUCAUCAACGUCCAGUACAUCGACGAGGUGCUGCUGUGGUGCUCGUGGUUCUCCUUGCUCGGCUUUUUGCAUCUCCUCUCGCAGCUCAGCAAAGACAGAUUCGAAUAUUUAUCCUUUUCGCCUAGAACACCAUUUUGGAGCCAUGUGAAGCUGAUGGCUCUGCUAGCUACAAUAUUUGCACUGUCUGGCUUCAUGUUUGUGGUUUCCAUAUUCGUGGGAUUCUUUGGUGGAUUCAAUACGUUCGCCUUUAUGUCUGCUGAGGUCAUUCUGCUGUCCAUCCGCACGCUCCACAUCAUCAUCCGCUACGCCCUCCACCUCUACGACAUCCGCAACGAGGCCUCUGCCCCCCUCAACUCCGCCGAGGAGAGCAAGGUGUGGGAGAAGAGGGGCCCCAUCUCCUACUAUGCGGAGCUCUGCUUCGAUCUCACCGCGCUGCUCAUCGAUCUCGUCCAUCAUUUGCACAUGCUGCUGUGGAGCAACAUCUUUCUGUCCAUGGCCAGCUUGGUGGUCUGCAUGCAGUUGAGGUACACAGGGUACCUGUUCCACGAGAUCCAGAGGAAGUACAAAAAGCACAGGAACUAUCUAUGGGUGCGUAACCAUCUGGAGCAAAACUAUCCGAUGGCGACUGGUAAGGAACUGCAGGAGAACUCUGAUAAUUGCGCCAUCUGCUGGGAGAAGAUGGACUCUGCCAGGAAGUUGCCGUGUUUGCAUCUUUUCCACAAUACCUGUCUGUUGUCUUGGUUGGAACAAGAUACGUCUUGUCCUACAUGCAGACUUGUUUUGGACAUUCAGAAUCCAUCCUCUGCUAAUAUGGAGUCCCCAGAAUUGCAGAACGAUCCACAAGAGAACGUGAGACGACCUUUCAACCACUUUUUCCACUUCGAUGGUUCCCGAUAUGUGUCAUGGUUGCCAAGUUUUUCUGUCGAAGUCAGUCAUGUCCAAGCUAUACGUCAAAAUCACAUCGCAGCUUCUAAUUCACAACUGGAUGCAAUGGCAAGACAGGUCCAGACCCUGUUUCCGCACAUCCCGCUCUCCACCGCCGUCGAAGACCUGCGUUCGACGCGCUCCGUCGAGCUGACCGUCGAGAACGUGCUCGAGGGACGGCUGACGGCGCCUGUCAUCUUCAGGGAGACGGAGCGCGAGCCGUCGACCAAUCACAGGCCGAUGUCGGUGCUGCAAGGGGACGUGGAACCGGCGGGGGCGGCGAGGAAUUGGGACGAAUUCAGCACCGAGAACGUCGAAUGCGAGGACACUGCGUCUUUGGGUAGCCGCUUCUCGAAAUCGUCGUCGGAGCGCGAAAAAAUCCUCCAAAAAAGAAAGGAGCACUUGGUCCACCAGGCGAGAAGGCGGUACAUCGAAAAGCAACGGGCCUCCACCAGAACCGAACUCCAGAGUUGAAGAGACGAAGGGGAGAGUAAGAAAUGACACUUGUUAUUAGUCGCCAGACUUCGUGAAUUUUUUCCACAUCGCCCGUAUCCUAAUAGCUUAACGGAGCCGAGAUUAGGAAGAGCCAUGCGUCUCUUGUAAAUAUUUUAUUUUUUAUUCUUAGAGAGCGCGCGAGGUGGAUGCGUAUUUUGAUGGGAGACUUGGUGGAGCACUUUGGGAUAAGUGCGUGAGCUCAAUUGAACGAUAUCAUAUAUUUUUUACCAGCUUAUAGUCGCCAAAUCCGUAGUUUUAGCCCCAUGUAUAUAAACCUUUUCCCUUGUAGCUUACCACAAUAAAUGCAAUUUAUUUCAGUGGUGCUACUCAUACUCCAAGAAUUUCUAUUUUAUUUUUCUUCUAUGUAUGGUGUAUCCUUUUUUGAACAGCUCUACCCUGAUAUUUUCUUGUACGUGGACUGAUUUCAGCAAUUCCAACAGCUAUGAUUUAUUAAUGAAGUGAAGACAUUGUUCAAAUGCAAAACACACAGUGUCCCAUUUGAAUGUUUUAUUUUUUUCACUAAUGUGAAAUACUAGGGUUGUGCUAUUCAUAUUGGGACACCCUGUACAUAUAAGAUUUCGGCGUACUGAACUUUAUAAAGGAUCUCAUUGUUCACUCUAGCAAAACCUUCAUAGGCUUACUGUUUUACUUAAAUCACUUGGUACUUUUAUUUAGAAUUAUUAUUCCAUAUGAUAUUGAGGGCACUUAGUAUAUUUCAUCCUCACAGACUACUUAAUACCGAGUUGCCUGAAAAAACUUUAAUACCGUCCUUUACCAACCCUAUAUAAGUUUUUACUAUUUAAUUUACUUAAUUUGCACUUUUUUAUCCCUACCAUAAAUACUGCUAGAUCUCAUAACUAAGAGAUCCAGAAUGAACAGAGUUGCCCCAAUUGUCAGCAGGAGCGAGACAGUACUGUUUCGACCCACCAGGUCUCAUCAGCCGCUCUCGGUCUGCUGAUAACUGGGACAACUCUACGCUUCGGGUAUAUCACCCAUUUCGAAGACGCAGGGUAUAACAUGAAGUUGUAGUCAUGUUGUAGCCAUCUUGUGGCAAAGCUCUGAGGUAGGAUACAGAGAUAUCGCGACAUACACUGUAUGGCGCUGCCAUCUAUAGUCACACGUACAGACCCCUACGUCUAUACGCUACAGAGUGGUACUACAACUAAAUCACUCUGCUGAAAGAUGGCACUCAUGGUAGUGAGUGUCGCGCAAUGAACUCAAUACAACUGGAAGGGACCCACUGUGAACGACGAGUGAGGCAAAAAUAUUUUUCAGGCAACCCGCAGUGUUUACGGAUACCUAUCUCUCUCUAUCUUGUGUUGGUUAAUGGGAAGCGUUCGCAUAAUUUGAAAUAUUUUCUCGUUUUUUGCUUCUAUUUAAAAGUAAACGUGAUUAAAUAAAAAUAUCCAUUUAGGAAAAAGGAUAAUGUUGUAAUCAAUUAUCAUUAAAAAAUUAUUACUGAUUUUUUUAUUGACUUUGAAAUGAAAUUUCAAUCUCACUCUCACAAGAUCAGGAAGUCAAAUGAAUACAAAAUUGAAAUUAUAUAUUUUUAUUCAAAUGUCACAAUAUAUUGUACAGGGUGAGCGAAGCACAAUGUCUCAGAACUAUCAGAAGGAAAAGAAAAACGAUAGGAAAAAUUUGAAAAGAGGUUCUUGAAUGGUAUUGAGUGCAUUUUGAGCAUAAUUUCCAUAGGUUCCUAUUCCUUCUUCCUACUUCUGUCAUAUUUGAAAUUUUUAGGUCUCUCCUUAUUACGUUUUGUCUCAGUGUCUUCACUUUCCUCCUCAAUACAAUAUAUUUUAUUGAUAAACCUCGAAACUUGGGAGCUGGAAGUGGUAGGCAAGUCAAAGUCAAUAAAAUGGGAAACUUCUUCCUUCGGACCUAAGUUAUGAGCGUCCAUAUAGAUGCAUCCUGAAAACAAAUUACUAUAUAGCUAGUUUUUUUAUUAUUUUAAUGAGGUGAAAACAUACUUUUUUUCAUUAUCAAUCAACUAGGUACCUAUGAGUUUUCUUAUUUUCCUGGGGGAAUCAGCAUUUUUUGGUAACAAAUGCUGAGGAAAUAAAAAAUAUACUGGGUACAGCAUCUGCUUUCAAAAACCUAGCAGUACCUGGUAUGCCUAAAUAAUCUGUUGGCAGGAAAUGCUCCCCACAAAGCUUGCUGCUUCUAUUUGGAGUCCAAUUCUCUCUACGAACUACCUUUAUCCAUAAUUCGAGAAUGUCUGGUCUUUUGAAUGGAAAGCUGCAACAAAUAAUAUUACUCAAUAUCAAUAUGGAAGUAUUUAACUUUGACAAAUAAUAUAGGUAUAGUUUUUGAACAUAUUCUGAGACUGGGAACAUUGUAUACCUAACUGGAUGAUCAUUUCAAGAACUAGGUAUAUUUUUCAAAAAUCUGAGAACAAUAUUCAACUCACCCAUGGAAUGCCCAUUCCCGUUUGUUUUGUUCGUUCUUGCAUCCAAAGGCGACACAAUAAAUCACCAUUGUUUAUCAAUAUUAAUCACAAACCUUCUCAACAAUCAGUUCAGUGUUCACAACAACAAAUUCAGUCCUUUUGAUACAACAAAUCACGCCAAAUGAAUAGAUAUUUCACCUCGUAUUUUGCAUAAACGAAGACAAUGAACUUAUGUCUUCACUUUCUUGCCUGUGUAGAUGAGAGAAAAAAUUCCUAGCUACUUUAAUUAUUAGAUAAAAGAAAAUUUAUACACCAAUCCACCAUUAAACAACACGAGUUGGAAGAGGACAGGUAUCCGUAAAUCAUGCUAUCUCUGUUGCAGCUGCCCCUGACACACUUUGUGCUAUUCGAGAGAGCGGGCGUAUCCCUUCCAGUUGUAU